AUGGCCCCGACUCUCUCUGGGACCUUUCCAGAGGGGCUCUUCCCUCCGCUGGGUCUCCUUCCUUCUCGCGGUCGCCUCACUCUUCCUCCCCGCGCCCCGGGAGAGUCCACUUGUACCUUAGGGGGCUUCCGCGGAGUCCGCGGCGCUCGCACGGCGCCAGCGCUGGCCGCUAGGGGGCGCCGUCGGGGGCGGCGCGGUGCCGCCGCAGCCGUACAGAGCAUGAUGGCGGCGGCGUCUGAGGUAGCUGGUGUGGUGUCCAACGCCCCCAAUCCUCCAGAAUCCUCUUCUAGUUUAUGUGCUUCCAAAUCAGACGAAGGUCUCCCAGACGGUCUAAGCCCCAAAGACCCUGCACAGAAGCACAAGAACUCACCUCUGUCGAGUGUAAGUAGCCAAACGAUAACCAAGGAGAAUAACAGAAAUGUCCAUUUGGAACACCCAGAGCAGAAUCCUGGUUCAUCAGCAGGUGACACUUCAGCAGCGCACCGGGCGGUUUUAGGAGAAAACUUGCUAGCCACAGCCCUUUGUCUUUCUGGCGGUGGGUCUCAGUCUGAUUUGAAGGACGUGGCCAACACAGCAGGAGAGGAGGGGGACACGUGCCUCCGGGAGAGCCUCCAUCCUGUCACUCGGUCUCUUAAGGCAGGGUGCCAUACAAAGCAGCUUGCCUCCGGGAGUUGUUCUGAAGACAGAUCCCCACAAGCCUCCAUCCUAAAGGAAGGUAGCAGGGACACAGGCUUGGAUUUCCGACCUGUAGUGCCUCCAGCAAAUGGGGUUGAAGGAGUCAGAGUGGAUCAGGAUGAUGAUCAGGAUAGCGCUUCCCUGAAGCUUUCUCAAAACAUUGCUGUACAGACUGACUUUAAGACAGCCGAUUCAGAGGUGAACACAGAUCAAGAUAUUGAAAAGAAUCUGGACAAAAUGAUGACGGAGAGAACCCUGUUGAAGGAACGUUACCAGGAGGUCCUGGACAAGCAGAGGCAAGUGGAGAAUCAGCUCCAAGUGCAGUUAAAACAACUUCAGCAAAGGAGGGAAGAAGAAAUGAAGAAUCACCAGGAGAUAUUGAAGGCUAUCCAGGAUGUAACAAUAAAGCGAGAAGAAACAAAAAAGAAGAUAGAGAAAGAAAAGAAGGAGUUUUUGCAGAAGGAGCAGGAUCUGAAAGCUGAAAUUGAGAAGCUCUGUGAGAAGGGCAGAAGAGAAGUGUGGGAAAUGGAACUAGAUAGACUCAAGAAUCAGGAUGGCGAAAUAAAUCGGAACAUUAUGGAAGAGACAGAACGGGCCUGGAAAGCAGAGAUCUUAUCACUAGAGAGUCGGAAAGAGUUGCUGGUAUUGAAACUAGAAGAAGCAGAAAAAGAAGCAGAACUGCACCUCACUUACCUCAAGUCAACCCCCCCAACACUAGAGACCGUUCGUUCCAAACAGGAGUGGGAGACAAGGCUGAAUGGAGUUCGGAUGAUGAAAAAGAAUGUUCGGGACCAGUUUAAUAGUCAUAUCCAGUUGGUGAGGAACGGAGCCAAGCUGAGCAGCCUUCCUCAAAUCCCGACUCCUACUUUGCCCCCACCCCCAUCAGAGACAGACUUUAUGCUUCAGGUGUUUCAACCCAAUCCUUCUCUGGCUCCUCGGAUGCCCUUCUCCAUUGGGCAGGUCACAGUGCCCAUGGUUAUGCCCAGCGCAGAUCCCCGCUCCUUGUCUUUCCCAAUCCUAAACCCUGCCCUCUCCCAGCCCAGCCAGCCUUCCCCGCCCCUUCCUGGCUCCCAUGGGAGAAAUAGCCCUGGCUUGGGUUCCCUCGUUGGCCCCCACGGUCCACACAUGCCCCCUGCUGCCUCCAUCCCACCUCCCCCAGGCUUGGGCGGUGUUAAGGCUUCUACUGAAACUCCCCGGCCCCAACCAGUAGACAAACUGGAGAAGAUCCUGGAGAAGCUACUGACUCGCUUCCCACAAUGCAAUAAGGCCCAGAUGACCAACAUCCUUCAGCAAAUCAAGACAGCACGGACCACCAUGGCAGGCCUGACCAUGGAGGAACUGAUCCAGUUGGUAGCUGCACGACUGGCAGAACAUGAGCGGGUGGCAGCCAGUACUCAGCCACUUGGUCGGAUCCGGGCCUUGUUCCCUGCUCCAUUGACCCAAAUCAGUACCCCAAUGUUCUUGCCUUCUGCCCAAGUUUCGUAUCCUGGAAGGUCUUCACAUGCUCCAGCCGCCUGUAAGCUGUGUCUCAUGUGCCAGAAACUUGUCCAGCCCAAUGAGCUGCAUCCAAUGGCGUGUUCCCAUGUGCUGCACAAGGAGUGUAUCAAAUUCUGGGCCCAGACCAACACAAAUGACACUUGUCCCUUUUGUCCAACUCUUAAAUGA